AUGAACUGGCUCAAAUCAACUCUUUCUGCGGCCGUUGGCACGCAAGAGCCCAUCUAUGGCCCCGAGGCCAUCCACUCGGUCGCCAAACAAGCCGGCGAGACAUCGUAUACCGAGCUGUCCAAGGAUCAGCUGCGUUGGAAGGCGUUCCAAUACACCAAUGUGGAAACCAAGACCUUCUACAUCAUGGCCGACGAUGGGAACCUCUUUAUGGUCCAAGUAAUUUACAGCAACAUUGCUGGAAUCCAUACCACGGCCCAUUUCAACACCAAGAUCUUCAACUUGAAGGGGGACAAGCCGCACGUUUGGCACACGGAUGCGCUGUCCAACUUCAUGUUUGACGAGCAGAUGCACUCCUUUGGUGCCGACAACCUGACCAUCCACCUCAACGACCAAGGCGAUGUGUACCAGAUCAAGUCUACCGUCAACGCCGACAGCGUGGUGGAUCUCAAGUUCAGCCGGACGGCACCGGGUUUCGUCGCAGGCAAGGAUGGGACCACGUUGUUCGGCACGGAUCCCAAGUCGCCCUGGGGUUCCAUGUAUCACGGCUUCUGGCCCCGCUGCGCCGUCGAGGGCACCCUCACCACCAAGGAGAAGACAUACGAUCUGACCGGCCGCGGAGUCUUUAUCGCGGCUUUGCAGGGCAUGAAACCCCACCAUGCUGCGGCCCGUUGGAACUUCAUCAACUUCCAAACCCCCACCUUCUCCGCCGUCAUGAUGGAAUUUACCACCCCUCCCUCAUACGGUUCCACCACAGUCAACGUCGGCGGUGUAGUGAAGGACAACGAAGUGGUCUAUGCCGGUACCACCAACAGUGUCGCGCACACCGGAUCUACGCAAGACCCGGAGAGCGACUGGCCCGAACCCACCUCAAUCAAGUGGGAGUGGACUGGCAAGACUGCCGAUGGGAAGGACUUUAGCGCCGUCGUCGAUGGCCCUCUGGGCGCCCGCCAAGACCGCGUGGAUGUCAUGGGUGAAGUUCCCGGCUUUAUCAAGACCAUCGCCGGUAGCGUUGCGGGCACUCGUCCGUACAUCUUCCAGAAUGUCGCAUCCAGUACUCCCCAGCAAAAGUUGAAGCUGAUGGUCAAGAUGGGCGACACCGAGGUCGAAGAGGAGGGUAUCAUGUUCUCCGAGUCGACCUUUAUCUCCUGA